AUGACUACAGCACACAGGCCAACUUUUGAUCCCGCACGUGGAAAAGAAGCCCUUCGGGGACCAGCAUAUCACCAAAGGCUCCUUCCAGCUCACACACAGCUCAAAUUCCGACAACCGGGACAAGGAGGAGAUGCUGAUGAGGUUCGCGAUCUACGAGCUGAGCUCCUCGCCGCCGAGGCCGCCCAUUUCGCCAAGAAGAACGGCCAGGCCCUCCGUGAUGUGAACGAGACCGAAACAUCUGUCACCAACAACUCGAAACGGCCGCUAGAGCUAACAUCACAAACCGACGGCGAGGAAGAUCCAGACGCGAAGCGGCGGCGCAUAUUAGAGGAAUCGCGAGACAUAGAUGCAGAUUCGGAGGAUGACUCUGAAAAUGACGACGACGAUGAUAGUGAUGAGGACUCGGAAGAUGACGAGGACGCGGAACUGCAAAGAGAACUGGAGAAAAUCAAACGAGAACGGGCCGAGAAGCGGGAGCGCCAAGAACGCGAAAGAGCCGCUGCAGAAGAGGCCGAGCGCGAGCGCGAUAUAGCGCUGGGUAACCCCUUGUUAAAUCCCAAGCAGGAUUUCAAUAUCAAGCGAAGGUGGGACGAUGAUGUAGUCUUCAAAAAUCAAGCUCGGGGUACCGAGGAUAAAGGCAAAAAGAAGGAGUUCAUCAAUGACCUUCUGAGAUCCGACUUUCAUAAGCGUUUCAUGAGCAAGUACGUGAGAUGA